AUGGAUCCUGUCUCCCUCGUAGCCGGUGGCAUCGCCUUCGCCCAGGCUGCGGGUGCCAUCGGCAAAGGUAUCGCCAUCCUGAGGUCUAUGGCGAAUGCGCCCCUCGAGUUCUGCGACCUGCUCAAUGAGUUCGAGACGCUGCGGAUGGCCAUAGAGGUGAAUAAACAGGUGAUUGAAGACAUCUACAGCGAUGCGACCCUCCAGAGAUACCGGCCGGGCUUGGACAGAAUCUGUCUGUCACUGAGCCAAAACGUAAACCAGUUCGAGGCAUCGGCCGCGAAGCUUCUGCGCUCAAAAGACGGGUUGAAAAAACUCGGCCAAAAGAAGAUCUCAAAGCAGGCGUGGCAUAGGGAACGACCAGAACUCUACGCCCUUCGAGAUCAGUGUCGUAAGAAUCAGCAGGAGUUGACUGCCUUUAUGGCAGCGGUUUCACCGGCUCAGAAGCAAGUUACCCCCAUUUCUAUCGACCAAACCUGCAGGGAGGGUCAGCUAAUAUGA